UGACGUCACUGCGGUGUCAUUUUUAUUUACACGAGACUCCAGCUGUUAACACUGACUCGGCAAACAGAGUCGAUAUGUGUGUCCGUGGGUGUGUGUCUUCGCCACGUGAUUCAGCUCGCCAAUGUCCUUCUACAACCCACUCAGCAUCAUGGCUGCGGAUGCUGCGGAUGCUCUCCUCCCGCACCGCAUCCCUGGACCAUGCCUCCUUGCCCUGCUCCUGCUGAUCGCCUCGGCUCUCCCCACACCGAGCCACGGGCUGCUGGGCUUCCGACCGGAGGCCACGGGGGGAGAUCUGUCCGUGCAGGACGGGCUGCUGAAGGCCACCGAAGGGACGCGGUUCAUGUUACGCGUGUACUAUGCAGCAUCACCGCAGAGGCUCAACCGGACCGUCAGCAGCUCCGGUGGAAGAGCCGCGCCGUGGAUCGCCUUCAUAGAGGAACCGGAGCCGGGCAGAGAGGGGCAGGUGCAUCCCAAACGCAACUUGUGCGUGGAGGAAAGCGCGAGGAGCUCGGACAUAGAGCUUCUCGGCUCCUUCAAGUCAGCCUCAAGUCAAAACUCCAUCCUGGUGGAGCUGCUCGCCAAAGACCUCCGGAGAGGAGAGAAAAUCAAGUAUUACUCGAUCUGCGCCUUUGACGGGAUCAAGUGGGUGCAUUACCGGACGCGCGACUUCUGGCUGGCGGUGGUGGAGCGGCUGCCGCAUGCGGACGGGUGGCUUCAGGCGGGUCUUUCGGUGCUGUUGCUCGGGCUGUCCGCGCUCUUCAGCGGGCUGGUGAUCAGCAUGCUCGCGCUGGACCCGGUGGAGCUCCGAGUGCUGCAGAACAGCGGCACGGACAUGGAGCAAAAGUACGCGCACAAGAUCGAGUCGGUGCGCAAACACGGCAACUACGUCCUGUGCACCUUAGUGCUGUGCAACGUGUUUACCAACACUUUCCUGGUGGUUUGGAUUUGCCAGAUCCUCGGACUGACGCCCGUCUCCACCGCAGCGUGCACUUUUCUCAUCUUCUUCAUCGGAGAGAUAUUUCCGCACUCGGUUGCGUCCAGGCACGGCUUGGCUAUCGCGUCUAAGACCGUGUGGCUGACCAAGACGCUGAUGCUGCUGACUUUCCCCAUCACGUAUCCCAUCAGCAAACUCCUAGACAACAUGCUGCACCAGGAAAUCAGCAACUUCUACACCCGGGAGAAGUUACUGGCCAUGCUGAGAGUUACUGACCCGUAUCAUGACCUGGUGAAAGAGGAGCUGAACAUCAUCCAGGGAGCUCUGGAACUCAGGAGCAAAACGGUGGAAGAUGUGCUGACCCCUCUCAACGACUGCUUCAUGCUGGCCUCGGAUGCCAUCCUGGACUUCUACACCAUGUCAGACGUGAUGCAGAGUGGAUACACUCGCAUUCCAGUGUUUGAGAACGAAAGGUCUAAUAUUGUUGAUAUUAUGUUUGUUAAAGAUCUGGCCUUUGUUGAUCCAGAUGACUGCACCCCGUUAAAAACCAUCACCCAGUUCUACAAGCACCCGCUGCACUGUGUCUUUAAUGACACCAAACUGGAUGCAAUGCUGGAACAGUUCAAGAAAGGGAAAUCGCAUUUGGCUAUCGUGCAGAGGGUCAAUAACGAAGGAGAAGGAGAUCCUUUCUACGAAGUCAUGGGGAUCGUCACUCUGGAGGACGUCAUCGAGGAAAUCAUCAAAUCUGAGAUUGUGGACGAAACGGACCUAUAUACUGAUAACCGUUCAAAGAGGAGAGUGUCUCACCAUGAGAGGAAACAGCAAGAUUUCUCCAUAUUUAAACUCUCAGAGAGUGAAAUGAAGGUCAAAGUUUCCCCUCAGCUUCUGCUCGCGACACAUCGCUUUCUAGCCACAGAAUUAGAGCCUUUUAAGCCAACGCACCUCUCCGAAAAGAUCCUUCUGCGACUGAUCAAGCACCCGAGCGUUUUGCAGGAACUCAAGUUUGAUGAGAAAAACAAGCGAUCGCCAAAGCACUUCCUCUUCCUGCGCAACAAGCCUGUGGAUUAUUUCAUCCUAAUAUUGCAGGGUCGAGUCGAGGUAGAGAUCGGUAAAGAGGGACUAAAGUUUGAAAAUGGGCCGUUCACAUAUUACAGCUUACCUGCUAUCAUGGCCAUCCUACCCUCAGUCCACAGGUCACCAUCGCGGAGCAGCGGUCUCAAUCAUUCGGAUACUACGAUCCACGGAGGCAGCCUGGGUCAACUGAGCAUCAGUGCUGGACCGUAUUUACCAGACUAUUCGGUUCGGCAGCUCACAGACCUACAGAUCAUUAAGAUCACUCGUAACCAUUAUCAGAACGCCCUGACAGCUACACGCAUGGACAUCUCUCCGCAAACACCCGAUGCAGACAGUCGAGCUUCUGGGGAGAGAAUGACAAUCCCAGAGACACGUUCCAACAGCAUCGCCCUUCCUCUGACUGAACCGCGACCCUGUCUGACCCGAUUCCACCAGCACAGACGGCCAGACAGCACCACCGCCCUCAAUGAGAGAAACCGCAUAGUCCGAAGUAAGUCAGAUGGACAGAAGAGCCCCAGUGACUCUGUGUUCCUCCGUAUGGAUGACAUCCCAUAUAUUAGAGAGAGUCGUGUGGAGAGAAAAGAAGGAACUGAUGCGUCGGCCAUACCCGUGGAGACGGACCUGUCUACGUCCCAGCUCAUCAGCUCUUACUCUCUGGGUGGCUCGGAUGAGAACCUGGGGAAAAAACUGCUCCGGAAACUGAGCAACAAAAAAAGAAAGAAGUCUCGUGAUGGAGAUAAACCUUUGGAGGACAAUCCUGAACAUUCACAGGUGAAGACCUAGCAUUCAUUUUAUGGGUUUGCUUCUCUCUCGCACUCUCCUGCUUCUCCGAAAAAUGUGAAAUCUUCUCCAGCCUUCCUCUGGAUCUUGAGAGAGAGAGAGAGAGAGAGAGAGAGAGAGAGAGAGAGAGAGAGAGAGAGAGAGAGAGAGAGAGAGAGCACAACCCGGUGUACACAGACCACCACAACAGGAUGUAGCAUCAUAAAGCCUCGUCUUCAGCAUUGAAACUGGAUGACGCUCAAUGCCUGUUUCAACAAACCUGAAAUCUCCAACAUGCAGCAAGACUUGCUUUUUUAAAAUUGACGAAAUGCUACAUAACCAUUGAUAUACUACAGUUUUGAUGCCGGUUUAUGAUGAUGUCAUCUCCAGUCACUGUGGUUAUGACAGUCUGACCUCUGACCCGGGCAAAGCCAGCAAGCACAAGCCUGGAUACAUGAAGCCAACCAUCUGACCAAUGACACGGCAGAACCUUUAGUACGUCUCUAAACGUGGUCAUCUGUCAGUAGAAUUAUCUUGAAACAAAGUGUUUAUUGUGUGAUUUUAUAUCAUAUUAUGUCAGAAGUAUUUGUCAGGCUGUGCCUGGAAAUCAAUUAAGAUGAAUUUAUUAUUAUCAAAGCACUUUGAGACAGAUCAGACCCAUUUAUUUCAUAUUCUGUUGAAUAGCUAAAUAGUGGACACAGGGGAAAAUACCUAUAUUAGGUAUAAGUGCUGUCAGAUUUUUUUUUUCUGUUUUCUGUUUGAAUGAAUAUUUAAUGUUGGUUUCUUAUUUUGCUUUCAUUUCUGCACUUUCGUUCAGCUGAGAGCACAGGGUACAAAGUGAUAUGGCUUUUUGUUAGUUUUUUUUAGCUAUUUUAGGCCAUAUUUGAAUAUAGUUUUUUAAAAAUAGUUUGCAAUGCCAGUGCUAAUGGCCCAAUCACAUAUAUUUGACAAUAGAUUUAUUUGUCUAAAAUGAACAUUUAUUAUAUUGGCAUGCUUUUCUCAAACAGCAGUAGAAUUAUUAUUAGAUUAGCAUUGUGUUUAAUGUAUGAAAUAUAGAUUAGAAUAUGCGCAAGCCAUAACUUGAACAAACUUGAAGCAUUGAUAUAAAAAUUACAUAUAUAUAAAAUAAUAAGCAAUAUCCAAAACAUGCAAGAAGCCUUUUUGUUUUGCUUUUCAGCCCUUUCAAAACUGAAAACUAAAGAAUACUUAGUAACAUGCUGAAAAUCAUUUCAUGACUUUUCUGUACAUUUUAUGAGCCUUUUUAUGUGGCAUUCAUAUUUAUACCACCGUUCAAAAGUUUGGGGUCAGUAAGAUUUGGUGUUUUUUGAAAGAAAUUACAUUUACAUGAAUACUUUUAUUCAGCAAGCAUAAAUUGAGCAAAAGUGACAGUAAAGAUAUUUAUGAUGUAACAAUUUCUAUUUCUAUAAUAAAUGCUGUUUAAAAAACCUUUCUAUUUACCAAAGAAUCAUGAAAAAAAACUGUUUUCAACAUUAUUAAUAGCAUAAAAUCAGUAUAUCCGAAGGAUCAUGUGGCACUUAAGACUGGAGUAAUGAUGCUGAAAAUUCAGCUUUGCAGUCACAGGAAUAAAUU